AUGGGUACGCAGUUUCCUGGCCUCAGUCUGCCUAUCGUGCAGAUCCGCAGCUUCUUCGAUAUCCAGAAAGAUCUCUCCGCAAUAGACACAAUCAAUAAUAACCUGAAAAAGCUAGAAUCGCUGCGACAAGAGGAGCUAGACAGACAUCAAGAUAAGCUGGACGAGUUGCAGCGUGAGCUGGAGCACUUUGAGAGCUCGAUCGCAGAGCUGAAAAAUAACCACAAGUCCAAGGAGGUCAAGGAAGAACUGCUCAAGGUCGAGGACCUCAUAUUCACGAUAGCAAAGCACCUCACAAGUCUUAAUAUGGAACUGAACGCGCUCAAGUUGAAGUAUAACCAAGAUCUUGUCAAACUAGAGAACCUCCAGAACCAGCUGGCCGAGCUGGAGCAACACAGCAUCGAGACGGACGCAAACAAGAACGUUUCGGAGCGCAGCAAGGCGCUGAAGCUCAAGCUCUACGAAAGCCUCGGGCUCAAGCUCGACUUCAACAGCAAGCAGGUGCUGGUGCUCAACAGGAAAUCGCAAAAGACAAACGUUCUGAAUCUCGACCAGGGCUACGACGAGAUGUUCAUCUCGGAAUACAUCUGGGAUAAUAUAUGA